AUGGUAACCAAAGAUCUUACUGGGGACGAGUCUAUUGUGACAAGGGCAGCUUUUUCAAAAGAUGACACCAAGAUUGUGAUCAAAAGAGUUGAAAAGGGGCAUAUCACGGGUAAAGUGGAAGUUAGAGAUGGCCGCACACUUCAGCUUGAGCAAGAAUGGACGCCGAUGACAGCAGAAGAAUGGAUUGGCACGGGGCGACUGGCAUUUCCCGAGGACGAUCGAUUGAUUCUACUAGAUGCCGAUAAACCACUGACAACCGCCUGGGACCCUUUUACUGGCCGGACUGUGUCUGUCAAGUCCUUUACGGCGACCAAGCAAGCCGUAUUCCUCUCAGAGUGUGGGAGCUGGCUUCAUACACCGGAUGGGACAAGGGCGCUUUGCCUGCCGCCUGACUUCCAGCCAGUGGCCAGUCUACGCCUGGGAGAUCAACAAAAAUAUGUUCGCCGAGCGUCCAGUAUACAGGGCAGCACGGUUGCUAUCGGAAAUGCAGACAGACAUGUAACCGUCAUGGCGUUCGACUUUAGUAGAUUCAGCGCCUAG